UCGUUCUUCCUGCACGUUCUCUCAGUCCACACUCCAGUCUCGCUGGAGGCGGUAAUGCAUCAUGAAGCUGGUGCUAGCUUGCCAUGAUGCCAUCCCCGAACGAACAGGAGAACAUGAUGAUGAUUUCUUCAUCUCCUCUUGAGGGCGCUGAAUGCUAAGGGACGUUCUGUAAGUCGGUUGUGUAAAACUGACGUCAAUUGCCAAGGUUGUUUAGUGUGUUGUCGAACAGGCGUGUUGUCACCGAGCAGCGCGAUAACCAACCACGGACAGAACCGAUGACUCACAAGUCAGUUUGUACGCCAGACGCUCUAAUGUUGGUCGCCUUCAAGUUGUUUGGAUCGGAUAAGGCAAGCUAGGACAUCUGCUAGCUUCUUUAUACUAAGCUCUGCUACUGACACUUGGAGCGUGUGAAUUGGUCAGUAGAGCUCAAACAAGGCUUUUCCCGACAGUAGUCAUGGUGUUAGUACACAGCUAUUGUGAAGCCGGAUUUCCCAUCUCCCACACGUGGGUGGACGAAGGAAUCGCCCCCUGCUUUUACUUCACUCUGGUCCCUGCUGUCCUGCUCACCAUCUCUAUCUUCCUCGGCACCGUCCACUUCAUCUUCUACCAGAAGUAUGGCACAGCAAUGGAGCCCAAGUUCAUCCCCCGCUCGCGUCUCUACAGGUUCCAAGUGGCCAUUUCUAGCCUUGUCUUGGUUCAGUUUCUGGGUGGGAUGGUUUGGCGAGCCACCCAAGGAGACCAGCUCCCAGGCUAUGUGGUGCUCUAUGGCUGCUUCUCUGCCAUAGCCUGGGUUUGGGGGCUUGCCUUGCUUAUUGUGGAGAGGCGCAGGGCUCUGGUCAUGGAUCGAACACGGGGCCACAGCGCAGCGCUACUACUGUUCUGGGCGACAGCGUUUGCAGCUGAGAACCUGGCAUUCGUCUCCUGGUUCAGUCCUCACUGGUGGUGGGGCCUGGAAGACAAUCAGCAACUGGUGCAGUUUGGCUUAUGGCUGAUGCGCUAUGUGGGCACAGCACUGCUCUUCCUUGUUGGUCUUAAGGCCCCAGGGCUUCCAAAGAGACCAUACAUGCUGCUUAUAAAUGAAGAUGAGCGUGACAUUGAGCAGAGUGGACAGAGCCUCUUGGGCAGACCAGAUGAGAACCAAUCGACUUGGCAGGGCUUCACGCAGAAGGCCAAGCUUCUGUUACCUUACAUGUGGCCUCGGGGCAAUGUCUGGCUCCAGCUGCUUGUCCUCUUCUGUUUGGUGCUGCUGGGAGUUGAGAGGGCAAUCAACGUCUUUGUUCCAAUUUACUACAAAAAUAUAGUCAAUGAACUGACUGAUGGCACCAGCUGGAACACUCUGACAACCACUGUGUGUAUUUAUGUCCUGCUAAAGUUCAUGCAGGGCGGAGGUGCAGGCGCCUCGGGUUUUGUCAGCAACUUGCGCUCCUUCCUGUGGAUCCGAGUGCAGCAGUUCACCAACCGUAUGGUGCAAGUACGUCUCUUUGCCCACCUGCACGCCCUCUCAUUACGCUGGCACCUGGGCCGCAAAACCGGCGACGUGCUGAGAAGCAUCGACCGUGGCACCUCGUCCGUCAACAGCUUGCUCAGCUACAUUGUGUUCAGCAUCGUCCCAACAAUUGCUGACAUUGUUAUAUCCAUCAUUUACUUUAUCACCAAUUUCAACGCGUGGUUUGGCCUCAUUGUCUUUGUGUGCAUGACCCUCUACCUCACUUUGACCAUCAUUAUCACAGAGUGGAGGACCAAGUACAGACGGGAUAUGAAUCAGCAGGACAACAUUGCUAAGACGAAGGCUGUCGACUCCUUGCUGAACUUUGAGACGGUGAAAUACUACAAUGCAGAAAACUAUGAAGUCAGCCGCUUUGAGGACGCCAUUUUGAAAUACCAGUCAUCAGAGUGGAAGACACAGGCCUCCUUGGCCCUCCUCAACCAAACCCAGAACCUGAUCAUCGGAGCAGGUUUGCUCGCCGGCUCCCUGCUCUCUGCCUAUUUUGUGACAGAAGGAAAGUUUCAGGUUGGUGAUUUUGUUCUGUUUGGAACAUACAUCAUCCAACUCUAUACCCCUCUCAACUGGUUUGGUACCUACUACAGAAUGAUCCAAAAUUUAUUCAUUGACAUGGAAAGCAUGAUCAAGCUUUUUGAGGAAGAGGAGGAGGUGAAAGACGCUAUAAAUGCUGUGGAUUUUCACUACAAGCUGGGGAAAGUUCAGUUUGAGAAUGUUUACUUCAGUUAUACAAAUGGCAAGGAGGUUCUCAAGGAUGUCUCCUUUACAGUACUACCUGGACAGACUGUGGCCCUGGUUGGACCGUCAGGGUCCGGGAAGAGCACCAUCAUCCGACUCCUCUUCCGCUUCUAUGAUGUUCAGGGGGGUAGCAUUCACAUUGACAGUCAGGACAUAUCCAAAGUGACGCAGACAUCUCUGCGAGCGCACAUCGGAGUGGUCCCCCAGGACACGGUGCUGUUCAACGACACCAUCCUGGAGAACAUCCGCUAUGGUCGCAUUUCUGCAAGCGACCAGGAGGUGGAGGAGGCUGCCAUCGCUGGUGAUAUCCAUGAUAGAAUCAUGGCAUUCCCUGAAGGUUAUAAUACCCAGGUGGGUGAAAGAGGCCUAAAGCUGAGUGGAGGAGAGAAGCAGAGGGUGGCGAUAGCUAGGACCAUCCUCAAGGCACCACAGAUCAUCCUGCUGGAUGAGGCCACAUCAGCGCUUGAUACCCAAACGGAACGAAACAUCCAGGCCUCAUUAGCCAAAGUCUGUUCUAAUCGUACGACCAUUGUUGUAGCUCACAGGUUGUCCACAAUCAUUGGAGCAGACCAGAUUCUUGUCAUCAACAAGGGUCGGAUUGCUGAGCAAGGACGACAUGAGGAGCUACUGCAAAAGCAAGGCCUGUAUGCAGACAUGUGGGCAAAUCAACAGCAGGCUCAGGCCUCUGAUUCCUCAGCAGACACCGAAGCCAAAGAUUUCAAGUCUGAGAAACUCCAGCCGCCUUCUACUCCCUCGGGCCACCAUGGCCAUUGAAUGUUCCUUAGUUCGUGUGAUGACCUUCAGUUUAGAUAUUAUUUGAACUCGAUAGAAAGUAUCUUCAUUAUUUAUUUAAUUUUAAUUCAAAUGGUGUCUUUACAUUUCUGAAUGAAAUACAUAAUUUUUUCUAACUGGUGCAAUGUAAACCACCCUAGCGCUCACACAACACUAGUUUUUGCCAUUUAUGUCAGGGUAUAGUUCUCAGAAUUUUAUCAAGAGUUUAAUACACACUCCAUUUUCAUUCAGUUUUCAACUUAAUUUAAAGUGAUAUUAGUAAAUAGAGUGGAGACCAGCUAUUCACUGGGAAUAGGGACGGAUCCAGUUUGCAGUUGUAA